AUGGAGUCGCCAAGCCGUCGCGACGUUCCCGGACGCGAACUUGGGAUGACCAAAAAUGAAUUGAAGCGUGUGGAGUUUGAAAAUAAUCAGUCUGCAUUACCAGAGUCGAGAUCAAGAGUUCGUUUAUGCGAGGGGAAGGAGGAGAACUUGUGUCUGUAUAUACAACCAAAUGAAACUUGGGAAGUUACUCUUCUGGUAGAGGAAGUUCCACUUCCUAAACCUGCACUUAGGAUUAAUGAUGGACAAGUUAAAGGCAACUCGAGACUUGCAGAUGAAAAUUACGAGGAAGAUGAAAAUGAACAUAGUGAAACCCUUUGUCGAAACUUUGGUGGAAACUAUAAUGCUGAUGAAUUUUGGAUUGAUUGCAACAUUUGUGAGAAGUGGUUCCAUGUAAAGUGUGUGAAGAUUACCCCCGCUAAGGUUGAAAGUAUUAAGUAA